UCCAGCACCCAGACACCCACCGCUCCCUCCCUCCCAUCUGCCCCAGCUCCACCGCCAGCAUGGCCGCGUCCACCAUGUCCCUCUGCUCCAGCGCUUGCUCCGACUCCUGGCAGGUGGACGACUGCCCAGAGAGCUGCUGCCAGCCCCCCUGCUGCGCCCCCAGCUGCUGCGCCCCGGCCCCCUGCCUGACCCUGGUCUGCACCCCGGCAAGCUGUGUGUCCAGCCCCUGCUGCCAGGCGGCCUGUGAGCCCAGCCCCUGCCAAUCAGGCUGCACCAGCUCCUGCACGACCUCGUGCUGCCAGCAGUCUAGCUGCCAGCCGGCUUGCUGCACCUCCUCCCCCUGCCAGCAGGCCUGCUGUGUGCCUGUCUGCUGCAAGUCUGUCUGCUGUGUGCCCACCUGCUGCAAGUCUGUGUGCUGUGUGCCCACGUGCUCCGAGGGCUCCUCUUCAUGUUGCCAGCAGUCUAGCUGCCAGCCAGCUUGCUGCACCUCCUCCCCCUGCCCGCAGGCCUGCUGUGUGCCCGUCUGCUGCACACCUGUGUGCUGCAAGCCUGUCUGCUGUGAGUCCAUCUGUUGCAAGCCUGUGUGCUGUGUGCCCACCUGCUCUGAGGGCUCCUCUUCAUGCUGCCAGCAGUCUAGCUGCCAGCCGGCUUGCUGCACCACCUCCUGCUGCAGACCCUCGUCCUCCGUGUCCCUGCUCUGCCGCCCCGUGUGCAGGCCUGCCUGCUGCGUGCGCGUCCCCUCCUGCUGUGCCCCCACCUCCUCCUGCUGUGCCCCCGCCUCCUCCUGCCAGCCCACCUGCUGCCGCCCGGCCUCCUGCGUGUCCCUCCUCUGCCACCCCGCGUGCUCCCGCCCGGCCUGCUGAGGUGUUUCCCCAGCCCAGAAGUCCACCUCUGCCAGCCACAUCCCUAGGCUCACUGGGCACUGAGUGCCUCACCUCUCCUGCUACUGGCCCCUCAGCUGCCCUGGUGUCCGGCUCUUCCUAGGAGAUGUGUGCACAGCCUCUCCUCCCCUGAGCCCUGGGGGCUCCUGCUAAGCUCCAGGUGGCCCCGCCUCCACCCACUGCCCCCGCUCCUCCUGGACCGGGUCCCACAUCCCAGGCCCGGUGGUCUCACCUCCUUGGAAGCUGCUGUGCCUCUGUGGCCAUGUGAGGACCCUGCUUGGAGACCCUAAUAAACACCCUCCACAUA